GAUCAGGGAGCAGUUGAGAUGGAUGGGUGAGUGCACUUCAGCAACCUUUCAUGGAUCAUUUUCAGAUAGUUACAUAGUUUUAGUGACCCGUCUAUGAACCUCAACCAAGAAAGGUCCCCUCCUGGCAAAGGGUGGGAGGGUAUUAAGGAGCCUGACGCAGGUGGCAGAAUUGGCAUUUGGGUCUGGAAGAGAGGAAAGGCAUUGAUGGAAAGGUAGCCCAAGCAUUGCACACUGCUGGAGUGUUGGAGUGCCUUCACUAGGGCACCUUGGAAGCGCCAAGCUCUCUCCAUACAAAAGGAUUUGUUAAAAUACAUAUAUGUGUGUGAAUCAUUAGAUCCUGUUGGACUUUUGGACAAGGAGAUCAACUGAGAUCUGUCUGGGAUCACCCACAAGCCAAAGGUUUGCAGACCUGUUUGAAUUCUUGGCAGAUUGACUUGGAAAAGACUUCUAGGCCUUUGGAGAGGUAAGGCUGACGCGGUUUUGGGGCACCUUUUGGGUGAGAAAUACAUAUAUUAUUUUGGCACUUGGUUGUUAUAUCUUUGAAUCUGACUUCUGGGAACCCUUCUUGACUUGCUUUCUUGGGAGCACCUUUUAAGGAGAUUUAUAUUGUUUUCUUCCUCCAAAAAAAGUUUUAAAUGGAUUAUUAUUAUUAAAUGGAUUAAAUGAGUACCCAGACUGUUGGGGGCAAAUUAGCUUACUUGCUAAUUAGUUUACUUGCUGUUCACCGCUAUGAUCUUUGGAAUAGCGGUAUAUAAAUAAAACAAAUUAUUAUUAUUAUUAUUUCUUUCGACAAUAAAAAUCUAGCAAACGUAAAGGUAGACAUGCUAGUUGGGGAUCCUGGGAGUUGCGAUCCAAACCAGACACUUUCCCAGCUUUUCUGAUCCAAGCUGUGAAUGCUAUAUCAAGUUUCUAAAUAUUCCAACAGAUAGAUUAGAUAGAUAGAUAGAUAGAUAGAUAGAUAGAUAGAUAGAGUUUUUGACAAAGCUGGAAGAGGGGGAUUUGGGGGAUCCCUGGUGCCAAGCCAAAGAGGCACUGUAGCAGUUGACUCUCCUAUCAAGGAGUUUGCUUGGCAGGAUCUGUUCGGAGUAGGUUUGUCCUUGUCUUCCCCCUGAGGAUAAAUAUAAUAGGAUAGGAUAGAAUAAUAGAAUAGAAAAGAAUAAAUAGAAUAUUAUGGUCAUAGACCAGCACACCCCUGAGGCCGAGAGAGUGUGACUUGCCUAAUGCCCCUUUUGUUGUUGUUGCAGGUGUGAGAAAACCAUGGAACAAGACCCCAAUGCCGAGGCGACUGCCGCCGUGGAGCAGCAAGGGUCCUCCGAGGCUCAGGGCUCAGAGGGUACCACAAAACCCCUCACCAAAGCCAUCAGACCGCCCUUCACCUACACGGCCCUGAUCGCGUUGGCCCUGCGGGAGAGCCCCGAAGGCCGGCUCCCUUUGCGCGCCAUCUACCGUGCCAUCACCAGGCGCUUCCCUUACUACCGCUUGGAAGAGAAAGGCUGGCAGAACUGUGUGCGACACAAUCUCAGCCUCAACGAGUGCUUCCUCAAGGUGCCCAUGCCAAGGGGUGAGGGCAAAAGGGGCAACCUGUGGAGCAUCAAUCCGGCUUUCCAAAGCGCCUUCGAGAGGGGCAACUACCGGGGAUGGAGGAGACGUGCCCGGGUACCCCAAGUACCCCCUCCACCACCUCCUUUUCCUUACUACUUCCAUUACCAGCCUCCUAGCCCUCCUCCACCCACCAGAAGGUGACAUUAUUUGUCUAUACCUGGAGAUCUCAGGAUGGAAGAAGGACCAUUGAAAAAGAACAAUCCAGAGAACAACCAGCGCUACACAAAAACCUUACAAUCCUAUACAGAGCACAUCAUUUCUGUCGGUUGUCACAAAAGCCAUGGGUAGAGGAGCAGCACAGGUUAAGCUACAUUUCAGCAGUUGGCAACUGCACCAUGACUGCCUUUGUUUCCUUUGGAAAGGUCUCUCUGGAGGAACCAUACGGUCGUCUUUCACAUGAAAUCCAAGGAGCAAGACCUCAAGAAUUUUGGACCUAGACUGGCUUGAUUUUGGACUGGUUCUGGGUUUGUGCCACCACAGCAUUGCCAACUUUUCGAUCAACCCUCGCUACUAUGCCUCUAAUACUGGGAGAAGGGAGCAUUUUGCCUCCUUCCAGCUGUUGUUGGACUGCAACUCCUAGCAUCCCUCAACAUCAUAGAUGGUGGCAGUACAACAGCAGAGGAUGGUUGCAAAGUUGGCAACCAGAGAAAAAUCAAAGGUGCCCUAUCCUAUUUGGAACAAGCCUCCAGUACAGUUCAAUUUAAAUGUAUAACCAACUGAUACAGCUUUUCUCUAGUACAAUACAAUACUACAAUAGGGAGCUUGACCUGUUGAAUUUCUUCCCAUUCUUUUGCUGCAUAGGAGCACAAGGGCAAAAUAAGAGAAGUGGAUUAAAAUUGGUAACUUGGCAAUAGUGCCUAAACCAUUGUGCCUGACUUUGUUAGAACAACCCUAACUGAUCCUAAAUAAGGAUUGUUUUCAGGUGAUAUACCAUGCUUUGAAUUAAGAGGACCACAUCCUUUGGAGGAAAGUGUUAUGGGAAACGUAUUCAAUGUGAGUUUUAUACUGUUUUGUCUAUUGACCAGGAGCUAAGCGAACCGCCCUGAUCUAUGGAAGGGCGGUAUAAAAAUAAUAAAUUUAUUAUUUAUUAUUUAUUAAAAAUAAGGGAAUUAAGUCUGUGAAAAGCAGCUUGUGAAAGGAACUGCACAAUUUGUGUAUGUUUUGUACAAAGUUUGGAAGAGCCAUUGUGGCUGGUGUUUGGAGCAGUGCCUUUAAUUCUGGCUUUAGCUAUUUCUUUGCAGUUUCAAUUGUGUUAAUUUAGUUUUAUAUAUGUAAUUACACACACAUACAGAGAAAGAGAAAGACAUACAAUAUAUAUAUAUAUAAUUCCCCUUUGUAUGAAACUUUGGACAGAUAAAAUAUUUGCUUGGUGCCAUUGUAGGUUAAGUUGUUCCCUUGGCAUUUUUUGGCUUUUGCAAUGUUGAAAGGGAAGGGAUAAGAGAGAAUUUCAUGUUCAAACAAAUCUGAGAAUCCCAAGGAUUGAUUGGAAAAUAAAAUAUGAAUUGCCAACUUAUUAACCUGGAUUCUGUGCCAUUGCCUUUAACCAAAAUCUGUUUUGUGGACACCAGCAAAGGUAUCUUCUCUGAUUCUUAUCUUAAAAUGAAGUAGAUAAUAUUGCUGGGAGGAAUUAAAUGUUUGUAGGGUUACAUAUAUGACUAUAUAUUCUUAUGCCUUUUGAACUUUCCCUGUUGCGCCACAUUUGUGGCUCUGUUUUUUUAUGGUUACUGGAAAAAUAAAUUGUUUUUUUAAAACAA